AUGUCCAUUCAACUGAAUGUCAAGGCAAAGGAGGAGCUGGCGAUUGAUUUUCGCUAUGAUAGAGAGCCCUUGUGGCUAGUUAUCGUCAAGGGUCCAGAUGUGGAGGUUGUUCCCCCCCACAAGUUCCUAGGGGUGCGUAUCAACAAGCCGGACUGGCCUCAUAACUCAGAUGCGCGGUACAAGAAAGAACAGAGCAGGCUGCCUGCGAUGUUGCACAGCUACGAUGGUAUGGACAGUGAUAGAGUGAUCCCUGGCUCAGCACGACAGGUCUGCAUUCAGCGCCACCGUAGCCACGGAUUUGGCUUCGUUGCAGCCGGAGAGAGACCCGUGGUUGUGCGUUCAGUAUUCACAGAUGGUCCCUCUAAUGAAAAGCUUCACCCAGGGGACCAGAUCUUGGCCAUUAAUGAAAUUCCUGUACGUGACAUUGCCAGGGAGAAAGUCAUAGACCUUGUAAGGAGUUGUAAGGAAUCCAUUGUUCUCACCGUGCAACAACCUCUGCAGUCUCACAAGUCUGCCUUUAUAAGCGCUGCGAAGAAAGCACAUCUAAGGACAAAUCCAAUUAAAGUGCGCUUCUCUGAGCAAGUGUACUCCAGUGACCCUGAAUCAACAAUGCUGAAAGACGACUCUCUCCUCCUCAUCCCAAACAUACUGAAGGUGUUCCUGGAGAACGGGCAAAUCAAGUCCUUUACAUUUGACAGCCGCACAACCGUCAGGGAUGUUAUAUCCUCCCUACAGGACCGACUGUCUUUGCGCUACAUAGAGCAUUUCGCUCUGGUUCUAGAGUCUGGUGGUUUGGAACAGAAGCAUGAGUUUUACUUACUCCAGGAAACUCAGCCACUGUCACAUGUUGUAGAGAGGACCUACUUCCAGGGUAUGAAGUGUCUGUUCCGCAUCUGCUUCUUUCCCAAGGACCCUGCAGACCUUCUAAGGAGAGACCCAGCAGCGUUUGAGUACCUCUACAUCCAGAGUCGCAAUGACGUCAUCAAGGAACGCUGUGGCGCUGACUGGAAGCUGGACGUUGUACUCAAACUGGCAGCCCUUCACAUAUACAUCACUGUAUCAUCUGCCAGGCCUAACCAGAAGAUUUCCCUCAAACAUGUAGAAAAGCAGUGGGGUCUAGAGCCAUUCCUGCCCCUCAACCUGCUCCCCUCGGUCAAGGAGAAGAAUGUCUGCAAGUCUCUUGCACAGCUGCUUAAGACGUAUCAGCAUCCUCCUCCCUCCGGCAGCAAGGUUCCCCCUCUGCAAGGGAAAUUGCAAUAUUUGCGCGUCCUCAAUGACCUCCCACCCUUUGGAUGCUUCAUCUUCCACUCUGUGGGACUGGAUGGAAAACAGACAGCCAUGGACUUGCUAGUUGGGCCACGGCAUGGAAUCAGUCAUGUCGUUGAUCUGAAGAAUAACCUCACUACAGUUCUGGUCGAGUUCCGCAGAGUUGCCAAGGUGCAGCUGUUCCACAAGAGUCAAAGCAUGGCCCGUGUUGAGGUGACAGUUGUAGAUGUCAAGCCCUUGGUCUUGUUAAUGGAAUGGCCAGAUGCAUCCAAUUUUGCCUGCCUUAUUGCUGGAUAUUACAAACUCUAUGUGGACCCCAAGAAAAUAAUCUACUGCCAGUCAUCAGGUCACUCAUGUAUGGCCAAGCCAGAUUACAGAAGGGACCAUAUGAACCCAUGGCCCGUGUCCUUAUCACCGGGCAGCAACAAAAAAGAGGAGGCUGCUGUCAGAGAAAAGCAACUCAAGGACUGGGCGCAGUGUUUUCCCCACGGGUCCCCAGGCCUGUGCCAUCACUUCUUAAAUGAGAAGCAACAGCUUCAAGAGUUCAAGCACCAGGGUCAGGGUCCAGCGGACGUCGGUGAGAACAAUACUGAUGAGCAACAGGGACGUCCAUGCACCAAGUCAGAUCCUACGUUCAAGUGCCAUGAACCCAUCACAAUGGAUGGAAGACAGAAUUUGGAUGCAGAGUUCAGAGACGGAGCAAAAACAGCGGACCCCUGUCAGCAGCCAGAGUGCUUCUACUGUGACUCUUGCAAAGGCAAGAUGAAGGCAGCUGUUGAAGUACACUGCAGUCAGCGGUCAACUCUGAGGCAAAGCUCUGCCUCCUGUGAGUCUUGUUAUGCAAGUGCAGUGGACCUCAUGUCCCUCCCCCUCCCUGGUAGGAAGGAGGGGGAGGAAGAGGAUGAGGAUGGGGGAAAGAUGUUAAUGCCAGCACCUCCCACCAUUGCAGCUCCCCCUCCUGGCUUUCGGGACAACAGUUCUGAUGAAGAUGACCUCAAGAAGGAGUGUAAAGCACCUGAUGGAGUGGUUUCUACAGAGCCAGUUCCAGUGACGCUGAUUGAUGCUGUGACCACAAGGACAGUGAGAGAUCGUGCCAAGGAGCUAGAUGAUGCUCUUUUGUCUACCCUGCAGGCUUUAGAGGCCCUGUCUGCAUCCGAAGAUUGUCCCCAUCAUUUCCAGCAGCCAUCACAUGCCACAGGACUGAUUGUGCUGGCAGCCAUCACUCCUGAAUCCUCGCAUGACCCAAGUCAUGACAGCAACUCUUCAGAGCUGACAGAUGUUUCUGAGAUGAUGUUAGCUAUGAAGCAAAACCAAAAUCCAGCCUACCUCUUGGCUCACCACAUCAACACGGACUGUAUCUUCCGUCACAAUGACUUCCCCUUAUGUAUCCCUAGCUGCAACAAGCAGAACUUAGAGAGAGGUAUAAGCUGUGAAAUUUGUACAGCGCCCCAUCCAAAGCAUCUUGUAUUCAGUAAAUCUGUCACUCCAAGGCUCACUAGCAAAGAGGAGAGUUCUAUGCUAACCUCUCCAAGAAAAGGUUUUAAUCGGAGAAAUUCCAAGCACGGAAUAGCUUCUCAUACCACCGUGGAACUGAAAGUAAAUGAUCCAAGUGACUGGACCCAACACUCUACAGACCUGAAGGGUCUUAGCUCUAGCCUUUCAACAAAUAUAAAAGAAAAGGCAAAAGAUGUAAAAGGAAACAUCUCUAGUCCUUCAACAGAUACAACAAAAAAUUGUGAAUAUGAAAAGCAAAGAACUUCUGUGUCUCCUAGUCAAGAAAUAACCAGCAAAGCCUCACCCAUGCAUUCAUUUGUGGAAACUGAUAAUGAUAACAUUCACCCAACAGGCACAACCCAAGAGGCAAAAACUACCAGUGGUAGUCCAAAUAAUACCUAUGGUACCAAGGGUCUCUUUUCUGAGGAUGUAUUCUGCACAUGCUCAUUUCAUUCUAAUCAUGGGUUUUCACAGACAAAAGAAAUGAUGGUGUUCCACUCUUCAUCUCCAACUGAUGAUGAGCGCUUGCAUGCUAAAGCCAAGGGCAUACAGGCAGACUGCAGUAGAAAGUAUCAAAUUCAAGGCCCUGGCUUUAACAUUACCAAGAAUAGCCUUCUUCCCCCACCUAAAUCUUCCCCAGUAAUUCCUGCGAAGGCAACAUAUAUUGGAAAAUCUGAGGUGAAAAGCAAAGACUUUAGUGAGCCACAAAGAUGUCCUAAAUCACUUCAUGGUCAGGUAGAGAUGGCCAAGGCUGUUAACUGUGCAGACACCAUUCCUGCAUCAGGGAGCAGAACAAAAUUCAACAAUAAAACUAAGUCUCAACACAGUGGUCCUCUUUUAAGCUUCCGAAACUUUUUCUCUGCUACAUUUCCUGCUCGUCAACGACAUGAAACAGGUCAAAAGCAAGAUCGUCUCCAGAAGGUAAGAGAGUAUGAAUCCGAGUUCCUGGAGGAACUUCUAAAGCCAGGGACUGCAAGUACGGAGUCUCAGUCCCAAGAAGUAUCUACAGUGCCCUUUGAUACUCCAUACCUCUGUCGAGCACAUACCAACCACCUGAAGAAGACCCCUGGCUUCUCUAGGGAAGAGAAAAAGAAUUGUGACUGCAAAAACCUAGGCUAUGGGUACCCCCUGCCUGAUACCCAAGUGGGUUUUGCUAUGGAAUGUAAAGAACAAGAGAGGACUGUCAGCAAGACUCCACCAUUACUCACCAAAAAUUCCUGCUUUCAUGGGGGGUCAAGCAUAUCCCAGGCUUUUGAAAUUAAAACCACGAGAAUCCGUUCCACUAGCCUGGAGUCUUCAGAGCACCAUGGAGAGUCAUUAUCCUGCAUGCCUACUUGCACCUCCCACUCUUCGUGCAUUGGAAAUCCAUAUUACAAAAAACUAAUGUGCAGCAACAAAGUUGAUGACAAUGAACAGAUGCCAGUUUAUGCAGAGGUGAGGACUGUCAGAAAUAAAAAAGCAGAAAAGGAGAAGGAGCAAGUCAGUGCAACAAGGGUCUCUGCUGCUACUGAGCCUACAUAUGCUCAAGUUGGAUAUGGAAAAAGGAAAGGGGUAUUUUCGAUCCUACGUAAAGACAGGGUCAGAGAGGGUCUGGUAGAGACUGGCAAGGUAAUGUUGGAAUUGCAUAGUGAAGAAGAUGAUGACUAUUGCUCUUUUUGUUUCUGUUAUCGCAAGUGUGAGGAAUCAUACAAGAGCAGUGAAAAAGUGGAGCUUUCCUAUUCUGUCCCUUUAGAAGCAAUGCAGCUGGAUGUUCAUGCCCUGUCUGUAGUCAGCAAUGCUCUUCAAGUGCUGGAAGCUGAGGACUGCUGCAAGGAAGAUGCAAAGAAGGAAGAGAAGGCCCAGAGUCCUGAGAUUGACCUUCGUGGAAGCACUACUCUGGAAGGCAGUUUGAAGAGAGUUGAGGCUUUGCAGCAAAAGACAUUCUCCUUGCCCAGUGCAUUCCUUGAUGCACAACUGGAUGCCAAUGAGCUUCUGGGCAUUUUGCGGCAGUUUGCUCAUAACCUGCAGGCAGAGAACAAGCCACAGCCUCAGGCUCGCAGGCUAAGGGAAUUCAAAGUGCAGCUUACGCGUUGUUUCAAGGAGUUUCGUGUUUCUUGUCAACGCAUGGCAGCGGUGGAGAAGAGCCCAAUAGUAAUGCUGAGUGCUAUCUCUGCCAGUUUCCAGGUGUUGUGCAGCUUGAUGCAAACCUUUAUCUGGCUGUUACAGGCCAUGCAUUCAGAAGGCCAACGUCUACAGCUACUCUACAAAGUGGAGGAGGUGGCACUCAACUACACUUUGCUCCUACGAGCAGCUGAAGAGUCCAUGACCCACUCCAGUUGUACCCCAGAAAAUCUUAAUUGUGACAGCCCCCUCUGCAUCUCUGCUAACGUGGACUUAUUUUAA